UUUAAUCAGAGACUGGAGAGGCGGGCCGAGGUGCUGACUGUAAUGCGAUAGCUGCGCCCGCGCUACACUCAGCGCUCAAACGCGGAGACGCACGGUGCCAAAGGAGCUGCGCGCAGGAUCUCUAUCAGAAGACUUCAAUUACGGAUUCGCUUCGCGGAAGAUCUGAACCCAACUGUCUUUUUCUGACAGGUCGGUGGCGUUUUCCGUGCGAGACAGAGCGUGUGCGGUUGGAUAGCGAGGGAAGAGCACGGUAAAACGUUUCGUGUCACUUGGAUUGAAGGCGAGUGAAGCCGCGCUCACUCACUCACUCGCUCACUCACUGCUCGAGGAAAUCAAGCCAGUCCCGCAGCUCUCUGAAAUAUGUUUUCUGUCUGAACUUUUCCGUAUAAAAGAAAGUUGUUUUAUUUUGUUGCACUGGCUCAUUUAGGAUCUGACGGACACGAUGUUUCGGAGAUGUUAAACAUCCAAGUCUGGAUUGAAUUUACACAUCCUAGAUUUUGAAGCGUGUCCAGAAAGCAGGCGUGUCGCCAAACAGAAGAAAUUGUUAUCAGACUGAAUAUACACGAGCUAAUCUCAGUGGAUACAUUUGAGGACGAGAACAGUUUUUAAAGGACAUCAGAAGAACUUCGAGCUCUCAGCAUUUGCUCUUCACGCGCUGGGUGAACAUUCACCCAGGAAAGAUGGAUUUAUUCACAAAGCUCUGUGGAUCUUUAUUUGUCUUGUGUUUAUCGGCAGUAGUUUACGGAGCAGAAGAGCCAUGUGGUGGGCAGUUGGAUGCCAGUGACGCCGGGUACAUCACUUCACCCGGUUACCCUCUGGAGUACCCAACCCAUCAGAACUGCAGAUGGGUCAUCAUAGCGCCCGAAUCGUCCCAACGAAUCGUCCUAAACUUCAAUCCUCAUUUUGAACUGGAGAAACUCGACUGCAGGUACGACUUCAUCGAGAUCCGGGAUGGGAACUCGGAGAGCGCCGAUCUGUUGGGGAGACACUGCAGCAACAUCGCGCCCCCUGCUAUCAUCUCCUCGGGCCCUGUUUUGCACAUCAAAUUUGUCUCUGACUACGCCCACCAGGGGGCAGGCUUCUCGCUACGCUAUGAAAUCUAUAAGACAGGUUCUGACUGUUCCAGAAACUUCACCAGUCCGUCAGGGGUGAUCGAGUCGCCCGGCUUUCCUGACAAAUACCCCCACAAUCUGGAAUGCACCUUCAUCAUCGUCGUUCCUCCUCACAUGGACGUCACGCUCACCUUUCUGACCUUCGACCUGGAAAACGACCCCCUGCAGGGCUCGGAGAGCGAGUGCAAGUACGAUUGGCUGGAGGUGUGGGACGGCCUACCACAGGUGGGACCUCUGAUUGGACGCCAUUGUGGUACCAAAAUCCCAGCUGAAAUACAGUCGUCCACGGGUAUCCUGUCUCUGUCCUUUCAUACGGACAUGGCCGUAGCCAAAGAUGGCUUCUCCGCCCGCUACAACAUGACAGUGAAGGAAGUCAGUGACAAUUUUCACUGCAGCAAUCCUCUUGGCAUGGAAUCAGGCAAGAUCAGCGAUGACCAGUUCUCCGCAUCGUCCACCUUCUAUGAUGGCCGCUGGUCUCCGAAGCAAGCUCGCCUGAACUUUGACGACAAUGCAUGGACGCCCAAUGAGGACAGCAACAAAGAAUACAUCCAGGUGGACCUGCAUUUCCUAAAGGUCGUGACGGGCAUUGCCACACAGGGAGCGGUCUCCAAGGAAACCCACAAAUCUUACUUUGUCACCACCUUUAAGCUGGAGGUCAGCACCAAUGGAGAGGACUGGAUGAUCUACCGCCAUGGCAAGAACCACAAGGUUUUUCAUGCUAAUGUGGACCCCUCAGAGGUGGUCCUGAACCGGAUCCCCCAGCCUGUCUUAGCUCGGUUUGUCCGCAUCCGACCACAGACAUGGAAGAAUGGAAUCGCUUUGCGCUUCGAACUUUAUGGCUGUCAAAUCACGGAUGCUCCGUGCUCGGAGAUGCAGGGAAUGCUCUCUGGACUCCUGCCGGACUCCCAGAUCUCAGCUUCCUCUAUGAGGGACAUCCAUGGGGCCACAGGUGCCGCCCGACUGGUUGCCAGCCGUUCUGGGUGGUUCCCCAGUCCCACGCAGCCCGUGGCUGGGGAGGAAUGGCUGCAGGUAGACCUGGGAGUCCCCAAAACUGUACGGGGUAUCAUCACGCAAGGGGCCCGUGGGGUGGAUGGCAGUUCCAGCGCUGAGAACCGGGCCUUCGUGCGGAAGUAUAAACUGUCUCAUAGCUUCAAUGGAAAAGACUGGAGUUACAUCAUUGAUCCUAAGACCAGUUUGCAAAAGAUUUUUGAGGGAAACACGCACUACGACACCCCGGAGAUCCGCCGCUUCGACGAGAUUGCGGCCCAGUUUAUCCGGGUCUAUCCGGAGAGGUGGUCCCCCGCUGGAAUCGGAAUGAGACUGGAGAUACUGGGUUGUGACGUGCCAGAAUCUACAACCAUUCCUGACACUGCCACGCCCACUCUGUUGCUUCAGGAGGAGACGAGUACCGCCCACAGAGCGCUAGCUCCGACCUCUUUCUCAUCUCUUGGCGGCCUGUGUGACUUUGAACAAAGCAUGUGUGGAUGGACCCACGACUCCAUGUCUGAUCUGAAAUGGUCUCUCUACAGUUCCUCUAGUCCUAGCUUCGACCAGACACUUGGAUCUGACAACUUUGGAAACUUCCUGUACGUGGAGGCGGGUCUUAAAUCGGAGCAGCAGCGCGCCCGGUUAGUGAGUCCGGUGGUGGGACCCGAGCGCCGUCCCGUCUGCCUGCUUUUCUACUACCAACUGCAGGGAGAGGGUCAGGACAGUCUGCGUGUGUUGCUCAGAGACGAUGAACAGGAAGAGGCGCUGCUCUGGACGCUAAAAGGAGACCAGGGACCCAUGUGGAGGGAGGGCCGCACCAUCCUGCCUCAGUCCCCUAAAGAAUAUCAGGUUGUCUUCGAGGGUUUCUUCGAUCGCGGCAGUCAAGGGCAUAUCUGGGUCGACAACAUUCAUAUGAGCACCAGCACAGAGCUUGAGCAGUGUACACAACCCUUCUCAGCGUUCCCUCCUGAAAUGACUGGGGAAGCCUUACCUGGCUGGAGUGACCCCACGGUUGACACCACCGUGUCCCUGCAGCCCAUGCCCACCUACUGGUAUUACGUAAUAGCCGGGGGUGGCGCCCUUUUCCUCCUGGGCUGCGUCGCGUUGGUGAUGGUGCUGUGUUGCCAUCGCUACCACCUGGCGGCCAAGAAGAGCCAGCACUCGGUGUCCUACAAGAGCACGUACACGGGCACGGGACAGUACGUGGGGAACGGCCCCGGGGCGGUCGCCGGAUCCGGGGUGGAGCCCAUGUUAACUAUAAGGCUUGAGAAAGAGGAACCCUGUUCACAGUGCUGAACGCUGACGUGUUUGCUACUGAAGUUAUAUUCGUAAUAUCCAGGCACCUUAAAGACUCGGAUCAGCUCUGGAUGGCGUUUGUGGUGAUGCUAAACGAGAUAACCGGGGAUGUGAGAAGGACGUACGUAAGCACCAGAGUUGUCAAGUUUUGGGUUUCUUUAGGAUACUUUUGUGGGGCUGUGAGAAAGGAGGUGGUGCAACGGGACAUCCAGCCAAAAUCCUGACUGGCAGGUACUCCCCGUUUCUCCGUCUCUCUUUUUCGCAGUGGGGAAACCUCUAAUCUCCUGUUCAGGACCAAUCCGAUUGUACAGUCAAGAGAACUCGGUGCCAAAUUGUGAGGAGAGCUUGAGACAAGAGCAGAGCAACGGAACUGAGGAAAACCAGGAAACUCGCAUGUGUACUGGAUCUCAUGUGCACAACACUUGAGGCUUGAUGUGUGACAGGAAUAUUCAAAGCAUGAGUGUCAAAAAAACGUUACUCUGGGACACGUGUUUCAAAUCCUCCGUUCUUGCUGGCGGAACCAGAUUGUCUCUUUGUUUGAACAUAAUACUGUAUGUGUGGAAGGGUUGGGUAAUAUACAGAAUUUUUUAAUCCGUGUACAAAGUGCUCUCCUAUGAGGACUGGUCCUAUCUUUUUUCUUUCUUUGAAAGCUUUAGAACAGUAAGAGACCUUUAGAGCAAUGGAUUCGCUCUUUAUUCUUCAGGCGGAUGUUUGAACGACCUGUUUGAUCUCCUCCACACCAUUAAAUGAAACGACGGAAGCUUCUUAAAAGCAUUUCGAACGCUGCCGAGAACUCAUUUGAAUGUCCGUCAAUAUGUCUAUGUAUAAACUUUUCUGAAAGUCAUUGGAGAUAUGUACAGGAUGUUUUUUGCAUAUAUGCAAAGGUCACAUGACCCUGCCUUAGCCAGCCUACUCUUCUGAUUGGCUAACUUACACAACAUUGGCCUUAAGACGCUUUAGUGGGCUAGCCGAUUACUGUUCACGUUUAUUAUUUAAUAUGAAAUGAAUUCAUCGAGUGGAGAUUAAUAGCGCCGCACAUGCAGUUAACCGAUGCACUGACUUUGCUUUAUUUUUAUAGUCGACUCUAAAACAUUUAAGCAGGGUGUGUGUGCUUGCGUGUUGUUCCCUCAGAGAUUUCGAUUACACACACAGUCUUGUAAGAGAGAAAGGAAAGCUUUGUAUAUGUGCCAAAUGUCAUACGGUGCUAAACCACUUGGCUGGAUGAUUUUGCUGCAGGGAUUGAGUCGAGCUGGCACGUUGGCCCUAUACCUCCACAUUUACAGCUGCAGCUCAUUUCUCUGUCCACCCCCUUAUAGCCUCACAAAAUAUACCUGCUGAUGUCUUACUGAAUUCAUAACCAACACUUUAUGAUUUGAUUUUAGGGGGUUUUGACAUUUUAUUGAUAGGGGCAUUUGGAGAGCAGGCGGGGGGGACUCACAUCUCCAUACGGUAAUCCCCCCCGCAGAGUAUUUGGACACUAAGUUAACACUUAAAAAUGUUUAAAAGGUCAUUGCAUUGUACAACAAAAAAGACAUUUUAUUGCAAAUAUAGCACAAAUAAGCAUUAUUUUUCAAGUAGAACAUUUCACAUAAUAUGUUACGUUUUAAAUAACAUAGAGUUGGUUUAAAGUAGAAAAUGGCAAGAAAAGUGAAGUUAAUUGCAGAUGCCACUUUUGAUAUUUUCUAUAUAAUGCCAUGACAUUAAGACUUUUAAGAUUUUUAAAUGAGGUGUACAAAAGUGUACAAAAAUGUCCAAAUACACUGUAACAAUCCACCUAUUUCAACCAAAAACUUGAGUUUAAAAGUUAUCAAAUUGGCUUUACUGUACACAUCAAUUUAAUUGAAAUGAUAAUAAACUAGGGCUGUGAAAAAGUAAUGAAUUACUAGUUACUAAUUACAUAUUCAAUAGUGUAAUUAGAUUACUGUACAAAUUACUCUCUCCAAAAAGUAUUUAAUUACUUAUUACUAAUUACUUUAUAUCCUUCAUCAACCUUGAUUAGAAUUGAUUCAAGGAUAGACAUAAAAUGGCUCUUUUAAUUCAUUAAAAUAAUUAAUAAAUAACUUCAUAAAUUAUUCUUAUUAACUGACCAAAGUAUACAAAUGUGAGAAGGAUACAUUAAAGCAUACAUUUUAAAGUUAGACUAUAAUUUUUGUCAUUUCCACUAUUGAAUAUAUUACACAGUAUUUAGUUCAAUUACAUCAAAAGUAACUGUAAUUAAAUUACAUAAAAAAUAAGAGUAAUCCCUUACUUUACUUUUUCUAAGGAAAAGUAAUUAAAUUACAGUAGCUAAUUACUUAGUAACUAGUUACACCCAACACUGCACAGUACACAGACACAGUACACAGUAUAUUGCGUAAACACAAACUGUUAUUCUGGAUGCGAUUAGUCGUUUGACUACUUUUGAACUGACUUCACAAUUUUAACUUAAUUUUAUAACUCAGUUUAAUAUCAUUUAAAUUCAAGUAACCUGUAAAGCCAAUUUGAUUUAACUUAUAUAUUUAAUACCGCUUUUGAACUAAAGUUUAUUCCAGUAUAUAAGCAUGUGCACUAGUCACCAGGCCAUCUAUAACUGAAUGUGUACAUGAAGGAAUUCUUGCAAAAAAUAAUAAUUUGCUUUUAUCUAUAUUAUUUGCAUAUGACAAUCUUGCUGCACACCGUAUUUUUUGUCUGAAAUGUUAUGUAUAAAAAUGUCUAUAAAAUAUUAUUUUAAAGUGUACUUCAAAACACCUUCUCUGCAUACUAAUUCAAAGUCUAACUCGGAGUAUUAGAUCCAUCUCUUUCAUGUCCUACUUGAAACGCAGCGACGUACCUUUGAAAAGAAAAACAUGCUACGGUGUAAGAUGUUCAAUGUUCUCUUCUUUACUAAACAAACAUAAAAUAGGCACCAUCGGACCUCCGGGUGGAAAUUCCCCCGACCAAACAUAUUUUCCUUUUUACACAUAAAGAGUGUGAAGCUCCAUCCAUUACCGAAAGCAUCUGCCGGGCACACACGCGUCAGAUUUUGGCUCCAUCCAAAGCGAGCGAGAUGAAAGGAGAAAGUAAAUCCUGAUAUCUUGUUUUGUCCUCCAUCUGGCAAUAGGUGAAAAUAAUCCCCCAUCAUGGACAGCCUGCUCCUUUCUCGCCCGUUUAUCUGCUCUUCACGAAAGAAUGUGUGGGGAGAUGGAGGGCGAGAUCAAAGAAAAGCCUGCUCUAAAUAUAAAUCUUCUCCGCAGUAUCUAGGGUCUGAAGGGGUUUGUUUGAAUCACAAAAGCACAUGAAAGAUCCCAACAGACAGCCAGAGAGACCACCUGACCUGGCAGGCCUAUAGCGGAGCAUUGUCUCCUCGCAUCCCGCAUAAUCCUCAAUACAAUAAAGUGUGUUCAGGAAUCACGGGACAGCAUGCGACAGCUUUUAACGUUGAAUCUAAAAGACACAUCAGAUGUACAGUUAUCUGAACGGUUUUUAUGAUUUGAGUCACGUGAUUUUCAUUAUGUCAUGAACCGUCCUCUUGUUUUAUGCAGAAUUUGAGGAUACGCAACAGAUUUCUGAGUUUGUGUGGCCUACAGCUGAAUGUGUAGUUGUCUUCGUUUUGAGCAGUUCGUCCUCUUUGACUUAUCACGCUUGUUCUUGUUCACCUUGAGCUAGAUACAUUUUUCUGAUCAGUCCUGGUUGUUCAUUAUGUCUGUAUGAUUAAUGUAUGAAUUUAUCUUUAACUCGGACUCAUUUUUAUCAUUUGAUUCUUCACUGUUCUCAGUGCUUUUCACCACAUUUUAAGCUGAGUUGCUAAUAUUUCUAAUUUACGGAAGCCCUGAACCGCAAUGUAAGUUUGUUUUGCUGAAGACAUUUUUAAUUUACUUACAUUCUCCUCCUGUAGCCUACACUGUAAAACUUUGCUGUAGUUUUGCAGCAGGUUUGCCAGUAACUUCCUGUAGAUUUAAUUUACAAUUUUGUUUUAAACAUAAUCUUACCUAGUUCUUAUAUUUUCUUUCAUAAAACAAGACUAAAUAUCUCAGGUCACUUUUCUUGUUAUGUAAAUGUAUCGUACUUUUAAAAGUUUUAAAUAUUUUUACUAGAAAACAAAACAAAAAAUGUCAUUUUUUGCAGUGUAAUGCCAGUAACGAGACCAGUCUCUUCUUGCUCAAGGGUUUUAAUUUUGAUUAAAGUAAAGUUUAACUCAAAUUAAAAAGGUCGAGACUAAUUGUUUUAUUCUCUUCAAAAAUAUUUUUUUCUCUUUCAAAGAAUUUUUGAAAAGAAAAAAAAACAAUUAGGCUAGACUUAGGCUACAGGAGGGGAAUGCAAGGACAAUUUUUUCUUCACCCAAAUCUUUUUUUUUACAUUGCGGUUCAGGGCUUCUAUGCUAAUUAGCUAAUGCACCAGAUUGCAUUUCAUGAAGCCUGUCGUAAGCAUUCUCGCUGGGGGCCUUUGCUUUUGCUGUCCCUCAAAAAAUAUUCAUUACUAAAAGCACUCAGAGGGACGAAGAGCCCAUCACUGGACUGUGAUACCUGCAUAAAACUUCUUUCACCCUUCUAGUGAAUCAGAGUGGGCAGAAAUGUUUAUGUAGAGGAAAAAUGCUACAGGUUGUAUAUUGUGUGUGUUUUGCUUACACAUGAAGUCAGGAACAGAUUCGAAAUCCUUUGAAGAAUUCAGUUUUAUUAUGUUGACAUUAUGCUUGAUUUGCAUCAGUAUGAUCGCUGAUGAUGUAAUGGUUAUGUGCACUUUUUGUGAAUCCAUGGCUUCACACCAUCAUGAAUAUGAGCUCUCUGUUUGAUUCACGAUGCAGCGUUUCAGAAUGUUUAAAUACAGUAUAAGGUAUAUUUUAGCUUGAAUUUCAUGGUCUUGGAAAUGUUGUAUGGAAUGUUACAAUAAAGUGAUAUUUUUCUACAAACCGUAGUGAUUUGCGCUUUUUGAGCGAUGAAUGAUUUAACAUUUUAUAACAUCUGCAGCUAUUUGUUCUCCGGUCAAAUGGUGUUUCUUCAUUUUGUAUUCACACAGUGUACUAUGGAUAUUAUUAGCUCUUGAGACAAAAAUGCACAAGGCUGUUCUUUUUGCAUUCUUUACAAUUCUGUUUAAUGC